GACCAUCCCCACUUGCAGGUUGAGAUCAAUCCACCGCCGCCGUUGGAUUCUUGAGCGACUACAACGGUUGACCGCCUGCUACCACCACUACCGCCAUCUCCACUGAGAUCCCCAAUCGUGGCCGCCUCGAACCCGAGGCUUCACUGCCUCUUGUGCCGCGGGGCAUCCAUUCGGCUUCAAGUCGCUUGAAUACGUUCCUGCGGGCUUUUGCUCGUCUCGGCAAUGUCUACGAUUAGUCGACCAACACAUAUUGCGUGCGUCGAAGACGCCGACGAGUCGGGGAACCCCAUUGAGAAGACAGCUCGCUACGCAGCUUCAAGCUACGCCGCGUCAGUCGUGAGCCCGACCAAGGAGAAGUCGAACACAAGCCGUACCAGGAGAGAAUAUCCGAGGAGAGACUCGUCCUCUCCCAUCACGAGUGGCCUCACCGACUCGGACUCGACCUUGCACCCCCGAGGAGACUCGCUUCGGAAGGCGACAAAGGACCGCAACAGGUCCGAUUCCAACAAAAAAGUCAUCAUGGCUUCCAAGGCGCGCCCUCCCGUAAAACACUCCAAGACAACACCGAGCCUUCCGAGGAGAGACGCUGAGGCGACCUAUUAUGGCGUAAACCCAACCGUCACCACCGCAAGCUCGCAACCCCGUGCCCAGACCUCUAAUCCCAGGCCUUCCAGCUAUUACGGCGGCGCAUCACGCCCGCCCCUGGCAAAUGCCAGGUUCCACUACAGCAACUCUUACCAACAGCCCCCGACUUUACCUACCUCAUAUCCACCAUCAAAUAGGUGGGCUAGCCCAGUGCCUUAUCCGCCGCCCUCUCCGUCACCUGUAGUGAUGCAACAGCCGCCCGAAUUUUUCACGCGGACCCUGCCAGAGCGCUUCUCCACUGCUCGGCCAGCGUCGGCGAUGGGCUUUCGACCUCCUCUGCAGGUCGAAUACGAUGCCUACGACGACGUUGUGGAUCGGAGGCCGCUAACCAGGCGGCCGUCAACACACCGGAAUGGAUCCAGGAAUGACGACGACAUGAGGACGAUGCCUCCUCCGCGAAGGCCUGCAUCUGCUCGCCCAACCGCUCUAGCUAUCCGCCCUCCGCCGCCGACUCCCGCGCCAUAUAGGCCAUCCAACGUGUUCGACGACGACGACUACAUAACCCCGGAUCAUGCACUGUUUCAUGACAUCUCUCCCGGGCAAAAGUCUGAAUUUCCCGCUCCCAUUCUAAAGGUUCGGUCAAGGCGACCAAGCAUUGGUGCCUCGUACAGGACCUAUGAUUCCGGGGGCUUCCGAACCGAAGUCGCGGGCGGAAAUAGCCGGCGCAACUCGUACUAUGCAAACCAGUCGGCGUCUUCUGGAAGCGGCUACGAAGACAAACUCCACCAGGCUUCCAUCUACCAAGACCAUGUCACGGGCGGGCCAGCAGUGCCAUUGACUGCCGAGACCCUACGCAAGGCUGGCAAAAACGGAGGCAGCAGCAGGUCCACGAGGUCGUCGGCCAGUCGCGACGAGAGCGAGUACAGGGAGUCGGCAACUACCAGGACGACGCGGUCAAGCGCCAACGACGAAGACGUGACGAUCCGGGUCAAGGGGAGCACGGUUCUCAAGGUGGGCGGCGCAGAGAUGCAAUGCCGGGAUGGGGCCGAGAUCAACAUCAUCUCCCGAGGGCCUACUCCCUUCCGGUCGAGCAGCGAUCAGUCAAGCUACAUGGGCCACGAAGACCGCCGAACCCGAAUCGAGCGUCCUCCGACCCGAACUCGGACGAACUCGCAGGCCGGGUCGUACUCACGUACAAUACCAGGAGGGUAUGACCGGUAUAGCAUCAUCCCUCCCUAUCCUGCAUAUCCUACCUAUCCCCCAACCGAGGGGUUCUUUUGAACGGAUUUAGCGACACAAACGACGACCUCGUGUUUAUGGAAGACGAUACGACAACAUUGACGAAGCUGAUGACAAACUCGGUCACUCUGGGCGAGGACGACGAUAUCGACUAGUGUGCAUAAUUUUAUUUUUCCUGGUUAUCGCAAAGCGAGCGUUGACAUUUCCUUGUCGGAUUUCCGUGUCCUUUUUUCAUUUUCAUUUUUUUAUAUUCUCAUCAAUACCUUCUGUGAAUACCCUUGUGGACGGUCCACGAACAGUGGGCAAGGGGGAUCUGGACUUGGAUACACCUUCAGUUCUUCGUUUCGAUCUGUAUUCUAUGCUUCUAGCAUGGCGGCCUUGUUGCUGGCUCAAGUCAGUUGGCGGAAAAAGUCAUACCCCUAAAAUUGGCAUGGAAAACAGCAUCGAAUGCUUAAUACCAACACCUU